GCAGCCGUGCUGCCACAGUGCUGCUCGCCAUGGAGGGACCGCACCGCAGCUGCCUCCUCCUCCUCCUCUGCCUGCUCCCACCACCGGGCAUCCCAGGCCCACCGCCGCCUCUGGAGGAACCUCGGAAGCUGCUGCUGCUGCCACCGUCCAGCACCGCUGACCCCACCGCUCACCUGCUGCGCGGCCACCCCUCGGCCCCGGUGCGGCCCUACAGCCUGUCGCUCUCCCCCGAGGAUUAUCGCUACGCCCCCAAACCCCGGCACCUGCGCCCCGGGCGGCUGCGCCGGCUCCUGGGCUCGGCCUUCGACCCCUUCUGGAUGGCGACCGAGGAGCCCCGCGAUCGCAACGGGAGCAUCCUCGAGGAGAACCCGGAAUCCCUGAGCAGGGAGCUGGCCGAGGGUGCCGGGCGGUAUCACCGCAAGCUGUGGCGAGAGGCGGAGGGGCUGGAGCUGCCCCCAGAGCUAGCGGGGGCCCUGGCCCGCCGCCUGCGGCAGUGGCUGGUGGAACGGGCCGCCUGCCGCCUCACCGCCGCCUGGGUCGACCUGGGACCCGUCUUCUGGCCCCGCUGGGUGCGCCACACCACGUGCGAGACCGGGUCCCCCGGCUGCUCCUGGCCCCCCGGCAUGAGCUGCCGGCCCGCACAGCUCACCCGCAUCAAGCUGCUGGCCUGGCACUGCUGGACCCCGCAGCACCCCGGGCCCCCAAACUGCACCUGGCGGCAGAUCCCCUACCCCGUCGUGGCCGCCUGCAAGUGCUCCUGCCGCUGAGGGGGCUGCGGGGGCUCCGGAGGUGCCUCCCGCUGCCUGUUCUUGCGGCCAAAAGGCUUGAGAAAAGGCAAACGUCUGCCUGGACUCACCCUCGGAGCUGGGGGAAAACCCCCCAGAGAGAAAUAAACCUCCCGGAAGGAAGUGGGGAUGGCUGUGGUUGUUGCUCUGUGUCUCCCUGCUGAAACCUCUGGGUGGGGGGUGCAGCUGCUUUGCCCCUCAGCCCCCUGAGGCAUUGGCACCAGCGGAGGCCCUUGUGCAGCGCUCAUCUCCAGCAAAGGAUGAGGGAUGGAAAAAUGAUGGCACUGAACAGCAAGUUCUGUCUGCACCAGGACUUUCUCAGUCCAAGCUGGGGCAUCCCUGCCUGCCUGGGUGGGGCUGCAGGCAGGGAAGCAGGGCAAGGGAAUUCCAGCAGAGAAAGGGUAGAGGUGGGUCACUGCUUGGGGUGGAAACAGCAGUGUGGAGAGGGGCUGGAGUGAAUCAGUGGGGUAGUUUGGGACUGAAACAAGGCAGCCUAGUGAGGGUAGAAAAAGUG